AUGCCUACCAUCAUAGCGGUGCAGGAAUCGCUUGCUAUUGAGGCAGAGAAGUUGUCAGAAACUUUGAGCAAGACCAAAGGAUGGAGAAGUGCGCGCAUGGGUAGAAAAAGAGGCGGUCCGAGGGAUAUCCAGUGCGAGACGAAGAUGCAGGCUUAUCAGAUGGUUGUCGCCAUCUUGCAGUGGGAUAAUGGCGGUGCAGCUCGGAAUAUCAAGACGAUGAAGGACCUUGGGUGUUUUCUUCGGGUUCCCCAUUAA